AUGUCAUCGGCCGCAAACAUUGGCACUGGCUUUCCCUUCGAUUGUAUUUUCGCGAGUGAAGAGUGCCCGAAUGAGCACAUAAAAUUCUGGCUGUAUAAAAACGCCACCCAAGGCGAACCGCUUCUCUUGGAUGCACUGAAUUUCAGCGCCAUCGCCUUGGAGCCUCGUUGGCCUUUGAAAAUUCUCAUACAUGGCUUUAACGGUAAUCAGCAUGCCUCACCCAACCAGGAGUCACGCCCAAUACUACUGCACACCCAGCAAGCGUAUGUCAUUUCGAUGGACUACUGCAGAUUGACGCGCUUUCCCUGCUACUAUCCUUCGGCCACGGCCAAUGCCCGCGUGGUUGCACGCUGUCUAACACAGCUUAUUGACCAACUAAUCGCCAGCGGCAUUUACCUCGCUUCAGAUUUGCAUUUAAUCGGUUUUAGUUUAGGCGCACAAAUCGCUGGUUUGUCAGUCAAUUUUGUUAAACAGCGCUUGCAACGCAUAACAGGUAUUCGUAAUUGCAAUCAUUUUCGUGCGCCUCUAUACUACGCUGAAUCGAUUGGCAGUGAGCGUGGCUUUUGGUCCUAUAAUUGUGGCGAGUGGCUGGAGUGUGUGAUGCAGCAAUGUCGGCGUUAUGCGGAUGUGCCUCACACGCCGAUGGGCUAUUUUGUGUCGAAAAA